AUGACGACACUCUUGCCGCGUAUUUGCAGACGUGGAAUUGCUUCCAGCCGAUCUUACGCAAAAACAACAUCCGAUGAGGCUUUUGAACAGAGAAAUCAACGUGGUCAAGAAGUCACGAGUGGUUUAAUCGAUGCGGCAUUUCGGAUACCAAGCUUUUCGAAAAUCGACACUUUGGCUAAAUAUUUGCAACAAAAUGUCAUACUUCAUGAACCGGGCCAUUUUCUUAUUAUUCCAAAGCCUUAUGGAGUGUCAUGUUUGGGGAUGAAACAAAAGGGUGGCGGUGUUUUUAAAAAUUCGGUUCACGACCAAAUCGACGACGAUGAAGAAUUGGAACAGAGCAAAAAGGGUAAUGAUAUCACAAUAUCCGAUUGCUUACCGUUAUUAGCGAAACACUUCCAAGAACCUCAGCUUCAAUUCUGUACUGGACUCAAAAGAAAUGUUUCGGGCCCUAUUGUAUUGCCAGCGAAUAAAACUGAUUUUCAACAUUUGUUGGCAUCAUUGAAACGAACUUCUUCAAAAGCAGAUGAUUUUGAACAACAUAAAGCUUUAGUUUUGGCAAUCGGACAGCCGGAUUUACCGACUAAAAGCUUAAAAGGAUACACCACUUUUCAAAAAGUCGGAAAUCAUAAAGAGUACGUAUUCGUUGAAGCGAAAGCGGAUAGACGAGCGCGAACUGGAAAAUAUGCCGUACAAAGUCAGAUUGCUUGGGAAGUUUUGGGGACGGCGAAUGGAAUUAGCCUGCUUGAUGUAUCAGUUUGGAAAUUUGCUCGUCACUUUCCACGUGUCGCCCUUUCACAUUUGUUAUGCCCAAUUCUCGGGGACACUAUGUACAUGAAUCGCAUAAUCGAGCUUGACGGAAAACCGGCACUCUUAGAUCCAAGACAGCUAUACAGACAGAAGAAUCCUACGUGGUUACCGCCAGACUUUCUGAGAAUAACCGGAAUAUCGAGGUCUAUGGUAAACCGGCUUCCAAUGAUGUGGCAUGUUUAUCGAACAAUGUAUCCGAACUAUGGAACAAGUGCGGAACAGCUGGAUUUGGUAGCAAGCUUGGAUCCGCCGACAUACUUUGUUGCAAUGGUUGAAGCACUUGGACUUUCUACUCACUUGACCCGCCAUCUGCAAAAAUACGAGCGC